AUGAAUCAGGAAGGAUACUUCAACUCGUUGAUUUCCAAUGCCAGAUUGGGAGAAAAGAGUACCCAAUCGGGAUCUCUUCCUUCUAGUCCGCUGCACAGUUCUUCGAUUUAUCACCAGCCAGGAAACUUGGGCACCUCUUUGGACUCCAGCUCAAGUUUCCUUCAAUACCAAAAUACCAGUCAUUCAGGCAAUUUGAUGAACCCAUUGAUGAAAACUCUUGAAUUCAUUGGUGCCAAAAGUCCAGAUACCCCAAGCGCCGCUUCUGUUAUGUAUAAAUUAAGAAAACUAAUCAACGCGGAGAAGAAAACACUCAAGAGAAGACAUGAGUUUCUGACUGGCGUUUCUCAUUGGAUCAAUGUUCUCAACAAUGGUGAGAACAAGAGAUUGCUUGUUGAGUUUAGCAGAAUUGGGGAAUUGCAAGGUAGAUUAGACGAAGAGCUCAUUAGAAAGAAGGAGAAUAUCAAUUUGCAACUGUACCAUGUUUCCCAAAGAGAGUCUAAAUCUGCCGAGCUCAAACUAAAACGAGCACGCACUUUCAAGCAGCUACGGGACCAGGAGCGCAAAAUUGGUGAUAAUCACAAUACAUGUUUAUCAAGAGAAGCACUUGAGGAAUUGAGCAUUUCGAUCGAAGUGGUGGAUGAACAACUAGUCAAGUCAAUCAACACUUCAUUACAGGGCUCUUUAGUUGAUUAUGUUCUCAGCAUGCAAAGCGCAUCAUCCGAUAUCAAGGAAGGAUGCAAUGAGUUUUUCGAAUACCUAAAUGCUGAUUCUAUUUACAACUGUCGCAAAAGCUAUUUACUAGACGACUCUUCUGACAAGAUCCAGUACAUCGGAUCCAGAGAAACUUCCGAAAACAAGGAAAAUCACUUCAAAGGUCGCAAUGAGGAGAUUAAACCUGUUGGAAGCAAGAAGAAGAAAUACUCAACUCUUAUGAACGGAGCUGGGUUGGCUGCGGUUGGCGCCAGUACAGAGCACUUGACUGGAUCUGAGUUGAAAGAAGAGAUUAACAAUCUUCAAACUCAGCCUUUAAAAUGCCCUGACUGCGGCUGUCAGCUAAAGAGUGAACAUACCCAUCACUCCAGCACGUGCUCCUUUGUGAAACAGAAUUUGAACGAUCCACCAGGCUCAUCUCAAAGCCUGGCGAUGCCGGGAAGACUAGGAAUCCGCAUACCUAGCGUUUUGAAAUCCCGCGCCGGUGAAGGAUGGUAA